UAAAUUAAUCAUCAUACUUGAACAAAACCGCGAGAUAAGAUAAAAUACGUUCAGUAUCAAAACCACACUCAAUAAAACACCAUGUACGUUUUAAUAACGUUAUUAAUCGUUUUAUUCGCAACGUUUUAUACAUUUAUAAAAAGAAGAUAUUCUUAUUGGGAAAAAUUAAAAAUACCAACUUUAAAUCCAUCGUUUCCAUUCGGUGAUUUAAAAAGUGUCCCACCUCCAAUCCAAUUCGAAAACAUCUACAAAGAAUUUAAAAAAAAGGGGGUAAAACAUGGAGGAAUUUUUUUAUUUACUUCCCCGCAAUAUUUCCCGAUUGACCCAGAGAUAAUAAGAAACAUUUUCGUGAGAGAUUUCGCUCAUUUCACCGAUAGAGGUCUUUUUCACAACAUAAAAGAUCAGCCGAUAAUGGGAAAUCUAUUUUUCCUCGAAGGUACCAAAUGGAAAAACUUACGGGCUAAAUUAACCCCAACUUUUACAUCCGGAAAAAUGAAGAUGAUGUUUAACACGAUGUUGGAGUGUAGUUAUCCGUUAAAAGAUCGAAUCGAGGAGUUAAUUAAAACCGGUGAGGUUAUCGAUGCUAAAGAAAUUUUAGCCUUGUUUACGACCGAUGUGAUUGGAUCUUGCGCUUUUGGUAUUGAUUGUAACAGUUUUAAAAAUCCCAAUUCGAAAUUUCGCGAUUAUGGGAGAAAAAUUUUUCAUGAAACACCGUUUAAAGCGAUUAAAGGAAUUUUCCAGCACGUUUUUCCCGGAUUUGCGAAAAAAUUGCGUUUUAUCUUAAUCGCAAAAGAUAUCGAAUUAUUUUUUAAUAAAAUCGUUACUGAUACUUAUUUAUAUAGGACGGAAAAUGAUGUUGUAAGAAACGAUUUUAUGCAGUUAUUAAUCGAACUCAAAAAGGAUCUUACUUUGAGUAUGGAUGAAGUAAUCGCGCAAGCUUUUAUCUUUUUUAUAGCUGGGUUUGAUACCACAGCGACUCUUUUAACGUUUUGUCUCAGCGAGUUAGGAUUAAAUAAGGAAAUUCAAAACAAAUUACGAAAUGAAAUAAAGAUUGUGUUAAACAGAAAUGACGGAGAAUUAAGUUAUGAGAGUCUCAAAGAAAUGAGAUAUUUAGACCAAGUUGUUUUAGAGACGAUGAGGAAAUAUCCGCCGUUAACUAUUUUUAAUAGAAUAUGUACCGAAGAUUAUCGAAUACCCGGAAGUGAUGUUACACUUGAAAAAGGUGUGCAAGUACUCAUUUCUUCGCUAGGAUUACACCGCGAUCCAGAAUUUUUCCCGGAUCCUCUUCGUUUCGAUCCCGAUAGAUUCUCCGAUGAGAAUAAAAAACACAUCAUUCCUGGAACUUUUAUCCCAUUUGGAGAUGGACCAAGAAUUUGUAUAGGGUCGAGAUUCGGCUUAAUGGAGACCAAAAUAUGUUUAGUGACUUUGCUAAAAAAUUUUGAUUUCUCCGUCAAUGAAAAAACAAAAACUCCACUCGAGAUCGGUUUAGGAUUUAUAACGACCGUUAAAGGAGGCGUUUGGUUGGACGCAAAAAAGGUUUAAAAAUAACGAUAGAAAAUUGUUUAUAAAUGGUGGAGGCGCCGGUUAUUUAAUCCCAUCUAAAUUUGAGACAUCUUCAGGUAAAUCAGGGUCGGCAAAUCGCGCUAGCAACACCUGCGGUAAUUACAUUAAUGACGCCGACGCCGCCGCCACGGUGCUGCUCAUAAAUAAAUAUCCCUCGCAAAUUAGAGUGAAUGUGCAAUUAAUUAAUCAGAUAAUUACGAAACCGGGAGUCGGGAUCAAAGCGGGAUUUCCCCGGAUACCGACGUCGUCAACAUCUCAAAAUGGCCUCAAAUUCGUCGUCUUAAUUAAAACAAUAUUAAUAAAAUUGUUUUAUUUUUAAUCUUUUUUAAUAAAUGAUAUAUGAAUUA